AGGGCAGGAGGGAGGCGGCCGGCAGCCAGCCCGGCCGGGCCGGCUCCGAGCCCGCCGCCGCCACGCCAUGAUACACUUUAUACUGCUGUUCAGUCGGCAGGGGAAGUUAAGGCUUCAGAAAUGGUACACGACGCUACCUGAUAAAGAGAAGAAAAAGAUCAUUCGAGAAAUUGUUCAGAUUAUUUUGUCUCGCAAUCAAAAAACAAGUAGUUUUGUUGACUGGAAAGACCUCAAGCUUGUUUACAAAAGGUAUGCUAGUUUGUACUUCUGUUGUGCAAUAGAAGACCAGGACAAUGAACUCCUGACACUAGAGGUCGUUCACCGAUACGUAGAGCUUCUGGACAGAUACUUUGGAAAUGUGUGUGAGCUGGAUAUUAUUUUUAAUUUUGAGAAGGCUUAUUUUAUUCUUGAUGAGUUUAUAAUUGGUGGAGAAGUACAAGAAACUUCAAAGAGGUCUGCAGUGAAAGCCAUAGAAGACUCUGACAUGUUGCAGGAGACGGUGGAAGAGUACAUGAACAAGCCUGCAUUUUAAUGUUACAACUACCUGGAGAAAGAACUGCUGUAUGCACCUGUAAACUGUACUUCCUAAAAUUGCUUCCCAAUGUGCCAGAGCCUCAGAGAAAUACCAAAAGCAAUAACUAAAGGGGUUUGUUUGUAUAAUUGUGAAGAUGAAGGUCAGCUAAUGUAGCACAGGGUUCAACAAUUCUGUACUUGCCUUACUCUACGUAUGAGUUUCUCAGAAUUGUUAUUACCCUUGAUGUAGUUUCUCUUUGCUGGACUAAACACUUGUUUUGUACCAUGCCUGGUUUUGUCAUCGUAAGAUGUUACUUUGAUGGUACUUUGACAAAAUGUUUUUACUAGUUUUAGUCCACUGCUGACCAUAUGACUCUACUUUUGUACAAAUGUCCAUUAUUUUGAAUGUAAUGAUGAUUCUGCUCUAAUAAUAUUUUUUUUUCCAAAGCCAAAUUGUU